GCAGUGGGGCUCGGGCCCGCGGCGGUUGCGCCGAGGAAGCCGGCAGGGCCAGCACCAUGCGGACGGACUCGGGGCCUGGUCUGGAGGAGAGCCACCCGCGUCCUCCACGAGCUCUUCCACCUGUGCCAAGUGCUGCUAUUCAAGAUGAAAUUCCACUUAGUCGACCUAAGAAAAAGAAGUCCAGAACAAAAGACUCACUAGCCAGUGCUUCUUUAGAAGGCCUUGCUGAGCCUGUUGUUCCCAGGCCAUCUGGACACAGUGAGCCCCCAACUAAAGAACUCAAAGAGCAUCCAGAGGCUCCUGUUCAGAGGAGACAGAAGACGACGAGGUUACCUCCUGAGUUGGAGACUUCCUUCACACAAAAGAAGAGCUCUAGUCCGUCUUUAUUGCGAAAUGAGAAUGGUAUUGAUGUGGAGCCAGCUGAAGAGGCAGUUGUUCAAAAACCUCGAAGGAAGGCAAAGAAGACCCGGCCAGCAGAGGUACAGUAUGCCAAUGAGCUUGGGGUAGAAGAUGAAGACAUAAUUACUGAUGGGCAAAGCACACCAGAGCAGCAGUUUAGGUUCACUGUGCCCACUGGAGUUAGCCAGCCUGUAGGCAAAGUAUUUGUGGAAAAAAGCCGGCGAUUCCAGGCUGCUGAUCGUUCGGAGUUGAUAAAGACCACAGAAAACAUACAUGUGUCAAUGGACAUGAAGUCUUCCUGGACCACCAGAGAUGUGGCAAUUUCAGUGCAUCGAGCUUUCAGGAUGAUUGGUCUAUUUUCUCACGGCUUCUUGGCUGGCUGUGCUGUGUGGAAUAUUGUUGUGAUAUAUGGUCUAGCAGGAGAUCAACUGUCUAAUCUGUCCAACCUUCUGCAGCAAUACAAGACUUUGGCAUAUCCAUUCCAGAGUCUUCUCUACUUGCUUUUGGCUUUAAGUACAGUUUCAGCUUUUGACAGGAUUGACUUUGCUAAAACAUCAGUAGCAAUCCGAAAUUUUUUUGCCCUGGAUCCAACAGCUUUAGCAUCUUUCCUGUACUUUACUGCUCUUAUACUAUCUCUGAGUCAGCAAAUGACAAGUGACAGAAUCCACCUUUACACACCAUCUUCUGCUAAUGGUAGCCUCUGGGCAACAGGCAUUGAGAAACAAAUUCUCCAGCCAUGGAUUGUGGUGAAUCUGGUGGUGGCCCUUCUGGUUGGAUUAUCCUGGCUUUUCUUAUCUUACAGGCCAGACGUGGAUCUUAGUGAAGAGUUGUUCUCUGAUAUGGAAGAAUAUCCUGAUAAAGGAAUUCAAGUCUCUUCGUAGUGUCAGUUGACCUCCAGAGGAAUUUCUCCCAGUAUUUUUUCCAUUUUUAUUUUUAAAUGUAUUUUUAUAAGA